UUCCACUACCAUAUCGCCGCUCCAGCUGUUGUCCAGCGGCGAGAACACAGUGCAGCGGGAAUGGAGAGCGCGGGGAAGCUGCCUCUGACUCUGGUGGACGUCCUCUCGAACGCCGUGGUGCUUCGUCAAGUCACGCCGCACAUCCCUGCGAGGGAACUCCUUCGGUUGGCAGUGACAUGCAAGGCCAUACGAGAGAUUAUUUACAACCACUCUGAAGCUUGGCGGUACCUCGACAUCACCGGUGUGAAGCGAGCCAUCAUCAAUACAUCGCCUAUCGACAUUGGCGGCGUCUCAUGGCGCGCCGAACGAAUGGAUGAGAGCCUCACCGAGGACGAGUUCUAUGCAGGCCCUUUGCGCGGCAUCUUAGGUCGCCUGCAUUCAAAGAGAAUCCUCAAAUACGUCCAGACUCUGAUACUCGACGGACUGACUGUGCCUGCCGACCUGGUGAGAGAGAUUGUCGCCGAGGACCGCUAUCAUGUGCGCGUGCUCAGUUUACGCGAGUCGAAGCAAUUGAACAUCACGAAACUGCAACAAGUUCUGCGAUACAUUGUGCGGCCAACAAGGCCUGACGAUACUCCGCACCUCAAAGCGCUCUAUUUCUUUGGGCAGAGGGACGUCUUGGUAUCGCCUGCCGCUACGAAACAGCUGUCCAAACCAGACCCGCCGGCCCUAGGGGUGAUGAGCAGUGCUGGUGCGCAGAUUGGCGCAGAUUGGAAUCAAAGAUCUCAGCAUGAUCUGAUACCAAAAAUCUUUGAUGACGAGAGUAGAUGGUACGGCUGUAACGGCCGAGUAAUGAAGCGACCCUACUCAGAAUGGGCCGAAACACUGCAAGUGUGCCGCGGACUUAUCAGCUUCGAUGCCGUAUUGUGCAGAGGGCCAAGGCACGACAUCACCAAGGUCGCAAGCAAAGACUUCCUGCAGCCCACCAUCGCCACCAUCGCUUUAGGACCAGAGGGCUGUCAGGACUGUCACAGCAGCCCAGAAGGACCUGCAGUGUUUGGAGAGAGAGCCCAUGACGCCCUACCUCUUCUCGCGCCAAUCCCACUACACUCCUCGACAGUUCGUGGGUGCGUUCGACCUGAACCCCAAGAAGAUGGCAAAUUUCCCCAACUCAUCCUCCGAUGCGAAGAUUGUCUGCGUGGCCGUUGGUGCGAGCAAUGCAAUCGAUGGUGGUGCGAGAACUGCUAUCAAGAGCCUCCAUCGCGUGUCUCUCUACGGACUGAGAUGCAGCACCUCGAGAUGCAAGAGGAUCUUGAACGUGAAGGGUGGGCGGCUGUGAAUAACGCGCCGAAUGGCAAUCAAGUCAAGGUAUUUUCUAAACUCUGCGUUGAACGCUGUCUGGUCGGUGAAAUGAUGGCUGGCGCUGGCAGUAAUGGCAUGUGGGGAUAGGAAUCAUCUCACUCCUCGACAUUGCGACAUGCUACUAGCUGUGGCCCAGCACAUGACCUGCGUCUCGCCUCCGACCGAGGGUAGAACAACUGCGUCCAUUCGCCAAAGUCACUGACUCCGUUCUCAGAGCUCGCCAACGCAACCAAGGCAAUCAUACGUCGUUCACAGUGAUAUAGGCGUGCACCGCGACUGUUGGGUUUGCGGCCGCACUUGUGCGCAUUGCAAGAGCGCUUUGAUCCGCCGCUGCGAGAGAUGCAGAGAAGAGUACUGUGCUUUGCAUGACGAGAAUUGCUCGGAAACGAAGGUAUGGAUCAA